AUGGCUUUCCUCUUUCAACCCCCCAUCUUUGGGAACUACGUCCUCCUGAUAGUUCCCAUGAAUGUACCUACGACGCUGGUUGUUCCAACACAAGUCGCAUUAACGCCUGUUCAGAUCGUUCCAGUGUAUCGACCUAUCUUUUCUCCAUCCAUCAGGAUCAAAGUCAUAUUCCACUGUGCAGGAACUGUUCUCGCCUCUAACGAUGCCUGCUACAACUAUCUUCCACCUCGAGAAACAGUGCUAGGAAAUUUAUCCUGGUGGUCUGAACAGCAUGGACUUGGAGAUAAAGCUUAUACCCGACGUUGUACACUCUAUCUCACCAGAAGCAACCGCUCAACCCUCACUAUUAACCCAAUAGAUGGACCUGUUUCAUCACCAGAUCUUGUGAAGAAGGUGUCAUUUGGCGAUAUGACAGCCCUAGGUUUCCAGACGUUGAUGAUGGACACAGCAACAAAUAACUAUGGAGCCUUUAUCUUGGUCGAUCAUGCUUAUGUGCCUAUUAAGAUUCUGGCCCAACAAACCGAUAACGAUCAGAGUACUCCCCGGAGCGGAAAUUCAAAUGACAACACUGACAGUAACCAAAAUAAUUCGACUGACAACACUCAGCCUGCUCCUCCUGUCGCUCGUCAACCUUCACCACCGCCAGACUCAUCAGCGGAUGCGGUCAAUACCGGCACUCCUGGGCCUUCGCACACGGGAGAUAAUACCACCACCCCUGAGCCAGCUGCAUCAACAGGUAAUACUACUCCAGCGGGAACUGGAUCUGUUCCGGGACCUACGCUCCCUAAAGUUGCAACCGUGGAGCCUGAUAACACGGAAGAAUAA